CUGAACAUUGCGACGAACAUCCCGACACAAACGAGUUGCGUGGGGACAAACAUCCACGCACGCUCUCUGUAAGCCUUCUUCAUUUAGUCAUUGCCGCCAUCUUUAUUGUAGUCAUCAUGGUGAAGAAGAUGGGAUCCAAUCGCGUGAAGGGGGUUGUCAAAGCAAAUGGUAUCCCGGCGGAAAAAGCCACGACCAUGGAGAUGGGUCUAAAGCAGGUAGAUGACAACCCCUUCCGCGGCAAAGGUGUGCUUUUGGAGGAUGUGGUGGAGAGUUUGGUAGUGGAAGGCAAAAACUGUGCGAAGUUACUUCAGCCAGCGCAUGUGGAGCGGUUCUUCAUCCUGAACCUGCCAUCAGAGUUUUCGCGGUUGUUACCUCGGAGCAUCUCUAAGAUGUGGCUUGAGGACUCGAUGGGAAACGCGUGGACCUCUCGGUUUCUCGGCUCCAAAAGGGGAAUACUGAGUGGGGGAUGGAGAGCGUUUGCCAAAGACCAUGGCCUCGUUCCUAAUGACUGGGUUAUCCUCGAGAAGCUUUCGGACACAAGACUGAAGGUUUCAAUCUUCAGGAGUGGGGGCAAGCCACCACUGAAUCCACCUCCAAAGAAGAAUGGGCGGAGACCGAAAGCAGAAAUGGAAGCUCGUGCGAAAGCUGAGAACAGUGCACAAGACCUGGAGUUGCUAUCCAAGGCAAUCCAGAGGCGGAAGCGGACUGCACUCGUCAGCAAUGGAUCUGGAGAAGGGACCGGAAAACGCCGAAAGGUGGGAACACGGCCACCUGAGGAAUCCCUGGGUGUCGAAAUGGGAAAAAAUGAUGCUGUGGAUGGACGAACUGAAAAAGGGGAUAGCCUGCCAAAUUUGCCAGCAGCCGUCAUUAACACGGAAGAAGGCCGCCGGGUGGGGAGAAUCAGAUCAAACAGAGGAAAGUCUCAGGUGGAGGGGAGGUAUGUAAACCAAGGAGCUGUGGUGCUGUCCAACAGUACAGAGGAGAAAGGAGAGAGCAAAUCGACGCCAUUGAAGAAGGCAGGAGGUGUUAGUGAUGGCGAUGCUAUGAAGAAAUCGCCAAAAGCAUUCGAUUUGCUCAAACCUCGAAAGACUAGCUUGGUCUCUGGUCAAGGAGGGCAAGAGGCAGAAGACCUAAGCUAUGUGGAUGUGGCCAAAGAAGGUAUCAUCACGGUAGUCCAAGUUUUAGAUAAGAGGAUCACGGAAACCGGCAAGCAGCAACUGUACGUUUUGCUAUCAGGGGCCGAUAAACCGUUAUGGAUCGAUCAGAAUGCUCUCAGUACUGACAAACUGUUCGACAAGACCCCUCCGCCACUGCGAGGAAGGCCAGCCACUACCAAUCGGAAUAAGAAGAAAGGCAAGAGAUAAGCUCUGUACUGUUUUUCUCGUCAUCAGUUCUAGAGUCCCCACUCAGAUAUCGGCGUUUGUACAUGGUAGUGGCCUGGAGCAGCGCCAUGAGCUGUAGACGGUGAAGUAUUGACUACAAGUGAGAUUUCUGGGCUUUGCGAGUCUGCGGGAGUCGCAUGGAGCCAUCGUAGGUGGGGCCUACCUUGAUGCGGGAGGGGUUAUUGCACCUACGGUAGUCCAGGGGUAAGCACCUCUGGCAGUCACUGUCACUGGGUCCACUGGAAGGCUAAAAAUGCACAUCGAUCUUGGGCAGCUCCUAUGGCAGCAAGCUUUUGUGUUGCGCGCUGGGAUGACGGCUCUGGGUCGUUUAUCGACCGACUGGUUAAGGCUUCAAGCUGUCUGUCUCUGUACAAAAGAAUACAAGGGAGUGGCCUCAUAACAAGCACUGCUGGGCUUGAUCUCCCAUUUCUCCUUGUCGUCCUCGCCAUCGUUUCACAAAAGAGGUCUCGUUAGUGGUUCUUCGUGAGAAGAACGCUGCCCUUCUUGAGAAGAACGCUGCGUUUUAUUCCUUAGUAAUUCAUCUCUAAAGUUCUGAGCAAAACCAAUGUCAUUGUACUACGAGGACUUGGGCGAGAACUCGUGUAAGUGAUACCGCGAAGUUGAAGUCAUCACCCCUCCAUUACCUGUCUGCCAUGACAGCCUUCUCGUUCUCUUACCCAUCGAAUCGUUGUGUACGAUAGGAGCGCCAGCGAAUCCUUGUGUACAAUAGGAGCGAUGGAGUUCGAUAUUGGGCGGGGGGUCGGUCCGUAGGUGAGAGAGUGGUUGGGUGGGAGGGGUGGAGGACGAGCUGUGCAUUACGCUUGCUGGCAGUCCAACCCUACGUAAGGGUGCCCUGGCAUGUUAGCCAGCACGCCGAGCUGAUGCCGUCACAAUGGUCACAGCAGCGUUAUCGUCUCUUCGUCUCUUAUUCCACUAAGCCUUGUGUACGAUAAGAGCAAAAUGGGAGGGUGUUGCUAUUGAGCCAGGGGUCCCUAGGGAGGGAGGGAGUUGGUGGGUUGCCAUCCGGAGGGGUGGGCGAGGAACGGUGCAUUACUAUAGCUGCCAGGGCACCCUUACGUAGGACAACGUCUUAGACGGAGGGCGAAGCCGAUGCUCAAAUAUCCCCGGUGGUAUCGAAUAGCAUUGUCGCAACGAGUUUGGCUUUCGAAGCUGAAAAAGAAAGACGAGGUAAUGGAGAGGUGAUGACUUCAGCUUCGCAGGAAAGUGAGGACUCUGAGGAGGGGAGUUUGGAUGACACGUGUCAUUACAACCCUAUUAGUUGGGGGGGGGAUGUCCUGAGGCUCCACCCUUGACCUCCCCCCUUUUUUACUUGCCUUGCCCAUUUCACAGGAAUUCAAAUCUUCUGCCCAUGACGUUCUCCCUCGCAUAUAUAUUCCAACCCCUCCUAAAGUCGUUGCAGCUUUGCACAAACCAUAUGUGCACACUGCACACGCACACAGAUUUUUCUGUCUUUUCCUGGGACUCAUUUGUGAUUCAGGAUUAUGCCGAUUUUUCUUGUGCAGUUAUGUGCUGGGAAGCUAAGAACCUUGCGCUUGUCACGAGUGAG